UAUUUUUUACUUAAAUCGUGUAACGUGAUGCUUAUAGAACAUAGGACGCAGAGUAAUACUAAUAUUACUUUGAUAUAAUUUUGAUGUUUUGUUAUUUGUGUAUCCUAUUAUAACUUAUAGCAUUAUAGUCUGGUGCGAGUACCAGUUUUAUCAAGAAAACUUUAAAACAAUUAGUCUGUGUUUAUAAAACAGAAGUUUAAAAUAAAAUGCGUCUUAAACGCCACCAAAAAGCCGAACGCAACAUCAAUUUCUACUGCGUCAGCUUUGGUUUUCGAAAACCGUUUCAAGUACUUGUUGAUGGCACAUUUUGUAUGGCUUCAGCACAAAACAGAGUACAAUUACGUGAAGACAUUCCAAAAUAUUUGGGCGGUGAUGUAAAAUUUUUAACCACUCAGUGUGUCGUUCUUGAGACUGAAGCAUUGGGUACCGCUGUUCGACCGGCCAUGCACAUUGUGAAGAAUUUUGGUAUACAUAAAUGUGGACAUGAGAAGAAACCCAUGUCCGGAGCAAGUUGUCUGACAUCAAUGGUAAAAGAUAAUAUGAAAACAAGAUAUAUUAUUGCCACUCAGGACAAGUCACUUCAAAAUGCCCUUUAUGUUCUCCCAGCUGUUCCUGUCAUGUAUUUUAAUGGUUUAAGUGUCAUUCUCAAAGCACCUUCACCGACCUCUAUUGACCAUGCCAAACAAAAGCAACUAUCUAGAUUUAAUUUAACUGAACACGAAACCAAUGUUUUGACAAGUAUGAAAAAUUCAAUAACAACAGAAUUAAGCAGUAGUGAAGAAUUAAAAGAUUACCCUGGGGUAUUCAAAAGAGCUAAAGGACCUAAUCCACUUUCAUGCAAACCCAAAAAGAAGAAAAUUGUUGAAGAUAACAAUAUACCCAAAGUAGAAAAUAAAACAAAACGUAAAAGAAAUAGAGUAAAAAUACCAAAACAUGUUAAAGAAGAAUUAAGCAAAAUGAAUAAGUCAAUUUCAAUCUCAUAAAAAAUUUAGGAACAUCUCAUAAAAUUAACAUUUCAACAACCAAUUAUAUAAUUACAUUAAAUUUAAUAAAUUUAAGAUUUUUAAUGUUCAUUUUUAUUAAUCAAUUAAUUAUAAUUACAA